AUGAAGUUCAAAGAAAUAUAGAAGGCGAUAUUUAAAUGUUUCAUCUUUAUUGCCUGUCAUUUUAUAGAAAAAUUACAUUCUUAGUAUGUUUCUAGUGAUUAAGUGUUUAUUAAUGAUGUUGAACUCGUUUCUUACAGCAAUCCUUUAGUUCUUAGUUCAACAUAGCAAUCUGAUAUUAUUACAGUUUAUUUUAAUGUUAAUUUUUAGAAUACUCCCAAGAUUAUUGUAGGAUAUAAAUACAUAGAUUACGAUCACAAUUCAAAUUAGAAGAGUUUUGAAAUGGUUGUGAGCAAUAUAAAUACAAAUAGCUUUCAAUUGUAAUUUAUAAAGUACUAAGAUACUAAAGUUUAUAGAAUUAUAGCUACUUAUGUUGCUAUAGAUAGUAAUUAUGCUUAUCAAAAUUAAGUCACUUUAAAUUUUUAACCUUGGCCCUCAAACAAUCAGGUUACGGUUAGUACCUAAUUCUCAAAUUAAUCUAUAGAUGUAUCUAAAGUAUAGAGAAAGGCAUUCGGAUUUAUUUAAGGUAUUAUUUCAAACACUAACUUAGGUAAUAUUUAAGUUUAAAAUAUACAAAUGACUGUUUAAGUUAGCACUAAUACCAUAGACGUAACAGCUAUUUAAAAUGAUUCUUAGUAAUGUAUUACUCAAAUAAAAGUAAACUACUUAGAAUUUUAUGUAAAUAUUACAAAUCCUUACUAUGAUCUUAAAAUAAUUGUUGAUUCUACAUAUUUGGUAAAUAAAUCUUAUAAUAUUGGCGUGUAUCCUUCAUAAGCAACUUUAGAUUUUAAUAAUAAUGCUGAUAUUUAAGGGGUAGUAAUAGCUUUGACUUCUUAUAAUGUUCCCUUAACUACUUAUUCUGCUAGACUAAAUAUGACACUUGUAAGUUACACAGCUUCUAAUAAGAUUUUAAAUUACUAGUAUUAAACAUGGGUAGAUACUGUAAUUUAUAGUUUUGGAUCAACUAUUGCAGUUUUUAAAAUGAUUGACUGUUCAUCAAAUACAAACAACCCUGUAAAUCAUUCUGCUAAUCAGUAAUGUGUUAGUUAGUGUCCAUAAGGAUUCUCAUUAAAAAAGAGAGAUGCUUCUUAAGGCUUUUCUUAUUGCCAAAUCAAUUCUUGUUCAGUAGCAAAAUGUUAAUUAUGUAAUUCAAACGGAGGAUGCAUUUUAUGCUCACCAUAAAUGUAUCUUUUUAAUUAUUAGUGCUAUGCUUCAUAACCUCCUCAAACAUAUUGUGAUAAUUAAUUGAAUUGUUAUAGUUGUUUACCUUAAUGCAAAAGUUGUAAUAAUAGCAGUUCUUGUACAUCUUGUUUUAAUUAAUAUUAAUUUAAUGGAAUUUGUUAUGAUAAAAAGCCUAAUAAUACUUACUGUGAUUAAAAUUAAGUAUGUACAAAAUGCUAAGAUAGUUCAUGUAGUAAUUGCGAUUCAUAAAAUGUUUGUAUCUCUUGCAAUUAAUAAAAUCCUUACUAUUUUUAAAAUAAAUGUUACCCUGCUUAGUAAGACUACACUUAUUGUGACUCCUCCAAUAUUUGCUUUUCUUGUAAUCCUCUCUGCCUAUAUUGUUCUGGACCUAAUAGUAAUUAAUGUAUUCAAAGUUGCUCAAAUGGUUUUGUCUUAAUUAAUAAUAAAUGUCAGUGUCUAUAGGCAGGGUUUGGCUAUGAUCCAGUUAACUAAAAUUGUGUACAAUGCAAAUAAAACUUAUGUGCUGAUUGUUAUGGAGAUUACACACAAUGCCAACAAUGCUAACCAGGAUCGGCAUUCAAUCCAUCAAAUAAUUAAUGUGAAUGCUCUGAUCCAUUAUAUUAUUUCGAUAUAUUCUUUUAAAAAUGUAAAAAAAGCUCAGUUGCAAAUUGUAAAGUAUCUUCAAAAACAAUAGAUUAAUGUAUCUAAUGUAAUGAUGGCUACUUUUUAAAUAAAAGUUCAGGUUAAUGUACAUAUUGUACCAAUAAAACCUUUACAGAUAAUUAAAACAUAUGUAGGCUUUAAUGUAGGUAGAAUUGCCUUGUAUGUAUAAAUGCAACUGAUUGCAUUUAAGAAGAAGGUGCUAACAAUAGCAAUCAAAAUAAUAAUAAUAAUAACAGUAAUAAUAAUAAUGGUAAUAAUGGCUCAUCUGGUUAAGUAAAAAACUGUCAUUAUUCAUGUGAUAAAUGUUCUUAGUCUAACUCCCCUAAUUCAUGUUUAACUUGUGCUUCACCUUCUACUAGAGUAUAUAAUCCUUAAUCAUUUUAAUGUCUUUGUAAGGUAAGUUACAUAGAUGAUGGAAAUGCUGAUUGCUAAGAGUUAGUAGAUUUAGAUAGCUCCAUUUUCAAUUCUUAUCAAGUAGCUUUCUAUAUUUCUUUUGCUUUAUAGAGUAUUUUCGUGCUUGGAAUCAACUCCACUAACUAUUAACACAUUCUCAUUAUUUAACAAUAUAUUUAUUUAUUAACUUUCUUCCCUUCUUUCAACAAAAACUUACAAUUCUAUCAACUUAUAUCUCUCUUCCGAUAUCUAAGUAUAUUUACCUUAUUCGAGAACAUAUAGCUUAUUUCUAAAGCAUCUUAUUCUCUAAAUUUAUUAAUUAUAUUUACUUCCGUCCUUGCUGUUAGUGUAUUGAUAGCCUAUACAUUUCACUUUGCUCGAUUUUCGUUUGCCUAUGCAAGUUAUUUUAAAUGGAACUUGAUUUUUCUUUCUUCAAGAAUAAUCUCUCUUUUUUCAUUUGUAUUAAUUUUUAAUGUUUUCCUCAAAUAAUAAUAGUAUACAGAUUCUCUAACCUUAACUGUAGUCUUGAUAUACUUAUUUUUCUAUUUUAUAAAAACAAUAUUACAUAUAAAAGGAAUAAUGAAUGAGAAUAAUUAAUUGUAAGAGAAUUGUAAUGCCUCUGGUUAAUUAGACAAUUCAACAAAUCUCAAAAAAAAUAUAAAUCUAAAAUCAGCACUAGAAGUUUCUAUGGAAAAACCUUAGUCAACUCCAGUUUAAAAUUAAUAAAAUGUAGAAAUAGAAAUGAUAUAAAAUUUUACAUAAUAACAGGCCUUAAUUUAAUCAAGAAAUAAAAAAAAAUUCAUUUCUCCUUACUAAACUUUAUUCUGUGAAUUGGAUCUAGAAAUAAAAUUCUCAAAGUACUUCUGGCUAAUUGUAGAAAUAAAAAAUAUAAUAGUAGGCUUUAUAAUAGGAUAUUUUGGUGAUAAUAUCUGGGCAUAUUAUAUCCUACCUGCAAUUUCAUUUAUAAAUAUUAUAAUUCACUCAUUCAAUAAAACAUAAACUGAUUCUAAAAAAAGGAACUUAGUUUUCUUUAUUGAAAGCAUAGUCUUAAUUAUUUUAUCCUUCUUCUGCUUCUACAUUAGCUUAGAAAACUAAUAAAGCGAUUAAAGCAAAAUAAUUAUUCUGAUUAUAUCUUGCUGUAUCUUUAUUAUAUCUAUUUCAAUUAUUAUUUUUCACAUAGCUAUAAUCUUAGAUUAUCUUAAAGACAAAUUAGAUUCUAAAAAUACUAAUAAAUUACAUAUUUAGAAUUAAACAAACCAUCCUUAAUGCAACAUGAGAAUGCAAAACUACUUUACAAAAGAUUAAAUAAACGCUAUUCUUGAUUAACCAUCCUAUUUUUCUAACAGUACAUCAUCAAGAAAAAAAAGAAGAAAUAAUUUUUGA